UCUUCAAUCCGCAGACCGCGGCGGUCUUGCAGCGCGAGCGGACUCAAACAAACAGAGGACACAAGGCUUCGGCUUCGUAACGUUUGAGAAUGAAGACAUUGUAGAGAAAGUCUGUGAAAUUCAUUUUCACGAAAUCAAUAAUAAAAUGGUAGAAUGUAAGAAAGCCCAACCAAAAGAGGUGAUGUUUCCUCCAGGCACGAGGGGGAGGGCGAGAAGUCUUCCGUACACCAUGGAUGCUUUCAUGCUGGGCAUGGGCAUGUUGAGUUUCCCAGCGACUGCGUACGGACCUGUGGCGGCAGCAGCAGUGGCGGCGGCACGAGGCUCAGGUAGGGCAACCCGGGGAAGAAGCGGCUACAUGGCGUACCCACAGAACGCAGGGCCAGGGUUCCCCGAUUACGGCUUUUAUUCUGGGCCCGGUGACCAGCGGGGCACUCCCUGCUCCUUUGCCGACUAUGCCACCCUGGGGCCCCAUACGGGUCAGAUGCUGCAAAGCGAGCACGUCACCUCUACCUGCAACUCACCCUCCCAGCACCACCCAAGCCCGGACCACUUUAAGAGCUCAGGUGCUAAUCCUCCACGGCCUGGAGGUUUCCCCAUUGCAAACAGUCCUGGACCUGUGGCAGACUUGUAUGGCCCCAGCAGUCAGGACUCCGCUGUGGGAAAUUACAUCAGUGCUGCCAGCCCCCAGCCGGGCUCGGGGUUCAAUCACAGUAUUGCAGUGAGUAGAGCUCUUUUACACUCCCUCAGUCAUGCUGAUGUGGCCAAGAGAUUCGAAACUAAUAAUGAGAAGGAGUAA